AUGCCACCGCCAACUGACGAAUACGCGCCAUAUGUCGCGCGUACGCAAGAUAUCAGGAUGGAGAUAUACGGACAGGCGGCGGCCACCGUUGGCAUUAGUCUGAUAGACGACGCCACGGGAAGCGUUCAAAUACUCCGCGACAUGUUUGAAGAACAGAGGACUCGGCCCAUCAAGCCGUUUGCCGGCCCGAAGACAACAGUGGAGGAGCUGGUCGUAUCCUCCGCAUUUUGGGUAGACGCCCUGCGUGAAGUGCUGAGGUCACUCGGCGACCAUAAGCCUCGCAUAGCCAAGGCGGUGGUUGAUUCCGGCUUGCUUGAUCUCUAUCAAGAUAUCAUGUUAUGCUCUGACUUUUUCUCCCAGCAUCAGGCGUGGAUGGCCUGCACCUGA